CGUGUACUAGUCUCUAUCGUUUGUCGACGAAGAUGUUGGCAAAAAGAGUCCGAUAAUCAAGGACCAUGUCAUUCACUUCAAGGGCCCCAUAGCCCAGGUCUAGGCACUCUGAAGGCGCUAACCAGACUCGUGAUCAGGCAGCGUCGUAAUACGGCCCUGGGUUUUUUUCCGAAAGUUAGAUAUGUAUUCUCUAAUUCGCUUUAUGCAACUUGGCAAGGUCUGGUAAGGUUACUUCCUCUCGCAACUGGAACUGUCUCCCUUCUGGAUCGCACUAGAUCACUCAAAAAUGGCCUCACUCACAAAUAGAAAAGUGCCAAGGAGCACAAAGAUGCAUUCAAAAGUCGUUAUCAUUGGGUCAGGCCCUGCAGGACACACCGCCGCUAUAUACCUUGCGCGCGCGAACAUCAAUCCUGUCAUGUUCGAGGGCUUUAUGGCAAAUGGUUUUGCUGCCGGUGGCCAACUCACCACAACCGCAGAUGUUGAGAACUAUCCGGGUUUCCCAUCUGGCAUCUUUGGCCCCGAGCUCAUGAAUAGGUUUCGGGAGCAGUCUAUUCGGUUCGGAACGCGGAUAAUUACAGAGACUGUUUCCAAUAUCGAUCUCUCUGCGCGUCCCUUCCGUUACUGGCGAGAAGGCGAGGAACAUGAUGUACCAGAAACUGCCGAUACCGUCAUCAUCGCAACUGGUGCGGGUACGAAGAGGCUAGUAGGACUCAAGGGCGAGGCCACAUACUGGCAAAGUGGCAUCAGCGCAUGCGCGGUCUGCGAUGCUGCCGUCCCUAUCUUCAGGAAUCAACCUUUAGCUGUUAUCGGUGGUGGUGAUUCUGCAGCAGAAGAAGCUACCUAUCUAACAAAAUAUGGCUCCCACGUGUACGUCCUUGUCCGCCGGAGCGAACUCCGCGCUUCUAAAACCAUGGCCAAGCGACUCAUGAAUCACCCCAAGAUUACAAUCCUUUGGAACACCGUCGCAACCGAAUGCCAAGGCGACGGCGUCAACCUCAGCAACCUCCGCAUCAAAAAUGUAAGGACAGGCGUAGAACGCGAUCUACCCGUGCGCGGACUCUUUUAUGCGAUCGGACAUGAACCCGCCACGUCUCUCGUGCGCUCCCAGCUGCAAACAGACCCUGAUGGGUACAUCAUCACUGUCCCUGGAACGACGCAGACGAGCGUCAGGGGCGUGUUUGCUGCUGGCGAUGUACAGGACAAGAAAUAUAGGCAGGCUAUUACCAGUGCGGGGAGUGGGUGCAUGGCUGCGCUUGAAGCGGAGAGGCUUAUUGCAGAAGAGGAGGCGGGUGUAGAGGAUUAGAAAGUCAGAGGAAUUUAAAUGCGUAUACCGCUGCAAUGAUUAUCCACCAUCUAGACCAAAUAUAGGCUCUUUUCAGGUUUAACAUGAACUUGGGAAGCGACAACUACGGCUCCAGCAGUUGUUGCCAAAAAUAUGUGGCUGUCCUUGAACUUGAAUUUGUAUAAGCACUUUGCACCGAUCAGAAAACAUAAGCCCUGCUCAGUACGCCAGCCGCGAAGUUUCUAUUGAGUUAUACGCAAGUCU